AUGUCCCUUCCCGACACUACUGUGGCCGCCUGGACUGGGUCCCCUCAGUCGUUCCUCGACGACUCGUCGUCGAGUCCGUACAUGUGCUCGGACGAGCCUAUUUCAAGGUCCAACGUACUACGACAUCGCCACAAUUUCCGCCUCCAGGACGAGUCCUCCCGUCCUUUGUCCUGGCGCCCGUUUGGGUACGUCUGGUGGAUCAAGACGACCAAGGGUUUGGUUCAGGACGUCCAGCUCGGCUUCCGUAACGACACGGGCAGGUUUAUCCCCAACGUCCCGGACCACUUGGGAACCCUCCACGGUCACGGGCGGAUAGCCGCGAGCGAGGUGAUCAGGCUCGAGGCGUCGCGAGACUCGACCGUCCGCAUGCUGAAUUUCUGUAACACGCCGCUGAGCUUGUUGUCGCGCUUCUCGUGCUACGGGUCUACCUAG